CUCCUGGGGUGCCAGGAGGAAGGGGAAGGCCCAGGAGGAGCUGCUGCAGCAGGCUCCCUAGCUGCUGUGCACCCCCCACCAGUUGCCUUACCCGAGGCUGAACUGUGUGGCUGAAGUCCAGCCUGGAGGCUGCUUCUCUGGACGCCAAGCCUGAGAAAGGAGCCCCUGUGGCCUAGGCCUGUCAACCCACCACUCCUGGGGCUGGGCUAGGACGCUUGGUGACUGCUGAGGAAAGGGAGGGUGGGGCCUGCCCAGUGGCCUAGCUGUUAAGUUCGCAUGCUCUGUUUCAGUGGCCCGGGGUUCACGGGUUCAGAUCCAAGGCGCGGACCCACGCACCACUCGUCAGGCCACGCUGUGGCGGUGUCUCAUAUAAAGUAGGGGAAGAUGGGCACGGAUGUUAUCUCAGGGUCAGUCUUCCUCAGCAAAAAGAGGAAGAUUGGCAUCAGAUAUUAGCUCAGGGCUAAUCUUCCUCACAAAAAAACAGAAAGGAGAGGGAGAGUGUGGAGGCUUGGAGGGGUCAGCUCUCCUUUAUAGGUAAGACAUGAGCCCAGAGAGUGCCCCAGGUACAUGGCCAGGGUGCAGAGCUGGAAUCCUCUCCCGUGCACUGGGGUGCCACCCCCAGCACCUUUGGGGUGGGACUGAGCAGGCUUUCAGGGCCUACUUGGGUAAGGGCAAGUGCCAGCUUAGGGAAAGCUCAGGCCCUGGGGGUCCUGCCCUGGGUGUGGGCUGUCUGGGGGCACCACCUGAGGCUGAACCCUCUCCCCUUCCCCCAGGCCCCCCGGCAUCGGCCCCCCAGGGGGACCUGCUGUUUCUGUUGGACAGCUCGGCCAGCGUGUCUCACUAUGAAUUUUCCCGAGUUCGGGAGUUUUUGGGGCAGCUGGCAGCCCCACUGCCCCUGGGCCCUGAGGCCCUGCAUGCCAGCCUGGUGCAUGUGGGCAGCCAGCCGCACACCGAGUUCCCCUUCAACCAGCACAGCUCAGGCGCGGCUGUCCAGGAUGCCAUCCGUGCUGCAGCCCAGCGCAUGGGUGACACCAACACUGGCCUGGCACUGGCGUACGCCAAGGAGCAGCUGUUUGCCGAGGCGGCAGGUGCCCGGCCAGGGGUGCCCAAGGUGCUGGUGUGGGUGACAGAUGGUGGCUCCAGCGACCCUGUAGGGCCUCCCAUGCAGGAGCUGAAGGACUUGGGUGUCACCAUCUUCAUCGUCAGCACUGGCCGUGGCAACCUCCUGGAGCUGUCGGCCGCUGCCUCUGCCCCUGCUCAGAAGCACCUGCACUUUGUGGACGUGGACGACCUGCACAUCAUUGCCCGGGAGCUAAGGGGCUCCAUUCUUGACGCGAUGCGCCCGCAGCACCUCCAUGCCUCUGAGGUCACGCCCAGCGGCUUCCGCCUGGCCUGGCCGCCCCUGCUGACUGCCGACUCGGGCUACUAUGUGUUGGAGGUGGCGCCCAGCGCCGAGCCAGGGACCGCGCGUCGCCAGCAGCUGCCCGGGAACGCCACGGACUGGGCCUGGGACGGCCUCGACCCCGACACAGACUACGACGUGGUGCUGGUGCCCGAGUCCAACGUGCGCCUCGUGAGGCCGCAGCACCUGCGGGUGCGCACGCUGCUGGAGGAGGCCGGGCCGGAGCGCAUCGUCAUCUCGCACGCCCGGCCGCGCAGCCUGCGAGUGAGCUGGGCCCCAGCACUGGGCCCGGCCGCCGCGCUCAGCUACCACGUGCAGUUCGGGCCCCUGGGGGGCGGCGCGGCGCAGCGCGUGGAGGUGCCCGCGGGCCGCAACAGCACCACGCUGCAGGGCCUGGCGCCCGGCACCGCCUACCUGGUGACCGUGACGGCUGCCUUCCGCUCCGGCCGCGAGAGGGCGCUGUCGGCCAAGGCCUGCACGCCCGACGGCGAGCGCAGCCGCCCCCCGCGCCCCCCGCCGCCGGGAUCCGGGGGCCGCGAACCGUGAGCCGGCCGCCCCCGCCCACCCGAGGGCCCCCUUCUCCCGAGCCCGGCGGGGGAGGCGC